GCUGAGGACUCUUUUAAAUAUUCAACUGAAAGAGAACUUCAAAAUCCUAUAUACUUUGGAGACCUCUUUUCUGAGUGAGCAGUGAUAUCAGGAUGGCAGAGAAUGCAGUCUCACGUUCUUCAAAGUCACACGAUCAACAUAGCAAAAUGGAUAAGACAAAAAAUGUGUUUCCAAAAAAAGAGCUGACCUUGCCAAAGGCUUCCAGUGAACCAGAGACAAACAUGUACUCUGAACUUUCCAAGAAGUACCCUGGGAUAUUUCAGCAACCAUCAAGUACAGCCACCUUCCAGGAUACACUACAGUCCCUGAAAGACAGCAGGACGGGGUCCAAGAUUUCUCGGGCACAGAGCAAAGCUAGGACUAAAAGCAUUUCAGGAAAUGUCUGGACGGAUGACCAGCUUGAGAAAGAGAUGAGUUCUGAUUUACAGAUACACACCUACUUAACUGACAGGAUCCUGAAGCCAAGGGAGAGCUCGAUCAAUGGUGACAUUGAUAUACUAGGUAAAAGUUGCCAAAGUAAGGAAGACUGCCAUCCCAAGGUUCGGGAAGUGAUCUCCAGAAGCCCUGGUUUGUAUAAUGGAGACAUUUCUAAUAAAAAGAACAGAGCUAAGCGCUGGAGUCCCCCAAAGGGCUUUUGGAAGGUUCUUAAGAGUGAGAAAUUAGAUUUGGAGGAGGGAACAAAUGCUUUUGAUGAUGUUUCAGAAGAGGUUGCUCAGAUGGAUGCCUGGAGGAUGAAUUGUGCUGAGAGUCCCAGGGGAGGCAAUAGCAGAGCUCCAGGCGAGAAGUGUGCAGGAAACCAUCAUAACCCAUCAAAGGAAUUACUGAGAACAAAGAGUUUGGAUAGUUCUAUCCUGAGUUGUGGAGAAGUGACUUCAGAGAAAUGCAAUCUAAACAAGGGCAUCCAUCUUGGGGGUCUAUGGAGGACUGAUAGUUGGGAGAGUGUCAGUAGUAACACCAGCUUGAUAUCUCUGACAGACAGAGUAGAACUGAACCGUGCCCGUCUCCAGCGAGCACUGACAACUUGUGUACCGUCCAGCUGCAGUGAUCAUCCUCCUGAUGAAAGCGAAGCACAGGAGAAUAUGAGUGACUUCAACCAGGAACCUGUUAUGGAUCAAAACUUCCUGCAACCUAAGUGUAUCUCACAAGGCUGCGGAGUGACACAAAGUGACAGUGAUUGGGAUUCUGGGAUUUCGCUGCAGGAAUCUGAUCGUGGAAUGAGAGCAGACGACCAGUCAUUGAGUCCUAGGCAUGAACAAGCCAAGCGAUUGCUGGAGAGAGCUCGAAUGAAGGCCCGAGCCAGCCCACUCAAAGCCGACCACAGCAUUCUGCCCUUAGUGAGAGGCUCUCUAGAUGCUGGUGGAACUCACAUUUAUUUACCAAAGAAGACUGCAUUUUCCAGAGAUGGACUUGUCUUGAACCUCCACAACAGUGGCAAUCUGAGUGACUCCUCCAGCUGUGAAUCCAAUUAUGGGCAACGCAAGAAGAGAGGUCCUUCUCCAACCCGGGUCAGGUUUGAAGACGAGUCUGUCCAAGAUGCCGAGGUACGGUACCAGUUGCGUAAGAGGUGCAGCUUUGAGUCCUCCAUCCGGCAAAACUCAAGAAUGUGGAAAGUGGAUGCUCCAGGCCUUGGGCCGGAUUGGCUUCCCAGAAUGGAAUACAUCUUGAAAAGUGACUCGGGAGAAAUGGGAAAACUCUGCUGUAAAAAUACACAAGUAUGGGGGAAUGAGAGAUGCAAGGAUGGAGAGAAUCCUGUUAGAAAUGAGAAACGGACCGGUGACCGGCCUCAAGCCAAGGUGGCAAGCCUUGUACGCCAAACCAGCACAAAAUCCCAGUAG